GUGGUCCAAACACUUCCGGGUCUUGGGUCACUUGUUUUGCUAGCUGGGACGAUAACAAGCUUACCGAGUUCGUCGGCGAGAUGUGACGACUUAAUAAUUGGAAUCUCACGAUCGCUUUCUUUUAGUGAGGUUACAAAUCCUGCGGCGCCCAUUUGAAGUAGGGCUCCUGACGAUUGCAAGAACUGUCUUGACAUGUUGAGGUGAAAAUUGGCAAUUUCACGGUGUCGCAUUGGAGCCGCCCAUUAAAUGUAUGAAUAUAAAGAGGCACCAUCGGAGCAGCGGCCAGCAGAGCCACAGAGAGGAAGCGCUGCCCGAUUCAGAGCGAGAGGAAUCGCUACGGGGACUGGACAAAGCACGAUGGGGGCUACGAUGGGACCGCUUCUGCCCUGGCUGCACGAUGUGGCAGCCGUGACUCUCCUGAAGGCCCGGAGAACCUUAUUCCAAGCUGCUGUACUUUUCUGUGUUCUGGGACUACUGCUCUGGGUGUCCAUAUUCCUGUACGGUAGUUUCUAUUAUUCCUACAUGCCCACUGUGAGCUUCUCGGCCCCCGUGCACUUCUACUACAGCUCCGAUUGUGAGGCAUCAGAAUCAGAGCUUUGCUCAUUCCCGACGGCCAACAUCUCCCUCUUGAGGAACGACCGGGACCAGGUGAUGGCUUAUGGCCAACCUUAUCGAAUAUCUUUGGAGUUGGAGUUACCAGAGUCUCCUGUGAAUGAACAUCUGGGCAUGUUUAUGGUCAGAAUGUCGUGCUACACUAAAGGUGGCAAGAUGGUGUCGUCUGUUCGACGUUCAACAAUGCUGCAUUACCGCUCCACCCUUUUGCAGACCCUCAGCACUUUCUUCUUUUCUCCUCUCCUCUUGACCGGGAUGGCUGAACAGAAGCAGCUCAUAGAAAUCGAGCUCUUCCCUUCCUACAAGACCAAUAGUUAUCAGCCAACUAUCGGCACAGUCAUCGAGAUCCAAUCCAAACGUGUGCAAAUCUACUCCUCCCAGCUCCGCAUUCAUGCAUAUUUCACCGGCGUCCGUUACGUCAUCUACAACUUCCCCUUGACAUCUGCUGUGAUCGGUGUGGCCACCAAUUUCGCCUUCCUCAGCGUGAUUGUGCUUUUCAGCUACCUGCAAUUUAUAUGGGGUGGCAUCUGGCCCCCGGAUCAGGUACGUGUCAAAGUCAUGAUUGGGGACAGCACACGCAUGCAGCAGAGAAGAGAGGAGGUGAAGAAGCGCAUGGAGAAGGAAAAUUCCCAGAAAGAACUGAAUUCCCAGAAAGAGCUGGAUUCCCCAAGACUGAUUGGAUCUUUGAAUGAUACACCCGAUGAGCAGGCCGAUGACACGGCGGUGGCGCAGUCAUCAAAUACAUCGUUUGUAGAAGUAAAUGCCACUGAAGCUGAUGUUCCUGAUUCCGAGAAAGAUGUGUCUCCUGACUCCGUAAUGCCUGAAGCGAUAGACCUGAGUGAGACGACACUCCGACAGAGAUCUGGUCCAUCAAAAAGCCAUGUUGAUAUUAAGAGUACUUAAUACAGUAUGCAGUCCGUUGGAUAUAGUUGCAGAGCUUAACAAAAGCAAACACCAACUAUUAGAAGUCGAUAGCAUAUAGAGCUUAAUGUUUUAAUCAAAGAGGUUUACUCCUAUAAUCUGUCUUCGCUCUACAACUACUAUCUACUAACACUGGCUUGUUUUAUUUGUAUAUGCAGUAUAAACUAACACACGCACUUAAGUUAAAUUACAAAUUGGCAAUUUUACUUUUUCCGCAAAGCGAUUAACAUGUAAAACUAGUAUAUUUGUUUUUAGUAGUUCCUGAGGGGCUUUGUGAAUCUGCCGCAUGGAUCAUUCUUCUCAUAUCGCACAAAGAAGUUUUGAGUGCAAUGACUCGUUUCACCAUCGUGGCACUGAAGAAUUUACAAAACUGGGCUUCUUCCCACCAGUGCUUGUCAGAUUUACAAUGUGCACAACGUAAGUGUUGAAAACUGUAUUUAUUGUUUCACAGAAGAGAAAGAAUGUUUGUUUUAGAUGGAGGUUUUAAGUUAUGUAUAUUUCUUGGUGUCUUUUGACAUAACACAGCAUGUUCAGCAUUUGAUGUUUCCAACUUUUGUGUUUCUCAAGGUAAAAGGGUCAUCCGCUAUGUAUUUAAGCUCAGGUUUGAGUAAGUUAUGAAAAAAAGUGAGUCUUAGAUGAAUGUUUUAAGUUAUGUAUGGUUUUUGGUAAACGGGUCAUCCGCUAUGUAUUUGAGCUCAUGUUUGAGUAAUUUAAGGUACCAAAGAUAUUGACAGACUUUCAUCUAUUCUGUUCUGCUAAAAAGAAUGACAAAAUGUUUCUUGUGCACUGUCACUAAAUAAAAACAUGAACA